AUGGCUUUCCACGACCUUCCGCUCAUCUUGCAAUGCUUGUGCAACAUGGCCGUCGACAAUGAUGACAAACAUUGUCCAGAUCAUCGUCAUGGCCCUCAAAAUCCAUAUGACAUUCGACGGACACGGGUCAGGCCCGUGAUAGAAAAGAUUGUAGAGAGCAUCGCGCAGAAUGUUGGCAACCGUGGACUUGGGCUCCCCGAAUUUUCAGAUGAACUUUUGGAGUCUGGUACAUGUCGCCACGUCGUAGAAGCAGACAUUUUCAUUUUCAAGGGUCCAUCGAGGUCUCCAUACCUGGAAAGAAACUCAUCGCAAUCUCAUGCCCAAAAGUCUUUCGAGCCUAACUAUCUUCGUGGAAGAGAAAUGUGA